AUGCUUGCGGAGGGCAUUGAGGAUGUGAUUCGUGAGUCUUGGAGUGGAGCCCAUCAUCUUGAUAUGCCUCAGAAGCUGCUGGCAAUUGCCCAAGAUUUGACAAAGUGGAGUAGUGACACUUUUGAGGAUUUAGGUGAGAAAAUAACAAAGGCAGAGGAGGAUCUUAAAGAGGCCCAAUUGCAUUCGAGUAAUCAGCCAAACUUUGAAGAAUCUUAUUGGUUUCUUCGAUCGAGAGUCUCAGAAAUCAAAGAUGGGGAUCGCAAUACGAAAUAUUUUUACCAUAAAGCGUCUCAAAGGAAGAGUAAAAAUUACAUCAAAGGGCUUAUGGAUGCUAGUGGAGAAUGGCGCACGGGUAAACUCGAAGUCGAGAAAAUUAUUCUUGACUUUUAUGGCUCUUUAUUCACAGGAGGCGAGAUUGAUGAUGGUUUAUUCACCGAGGUUCUUGCUAGUGUGCCACAUUUGGUGUGCGAAGGUACGAAUAACUCUCUAUGCUGUCCUUAUCCUAAAGAUGAAAUUUUUGCUGCCCUUUCUCAGAUGAGUCCUUGUAAGGCCCCGGGGCCUGAUGGUUUACAUGCUAUUUUUUAUCAGAAAUAUUGGCAUAUUGUUGGUGAUGAUGUGACUUUGUUUGUCAAUAAUAUUAUUUCUGGUAGAGUUUCGAUUUCCCAUGUGAAUCGUACUAAUGUGGCUCUAAUUCCGAAGGUCAAGGAUCCCACUUGCAUUUCACAGUUUAGACCGAUCUCCUUAUGUAAUGUCUUGUAUAAAUUGGCUUCUAAAUCUGUGGCUAAUAGGCUUAAACCCCUUCUUCAACGGAUGGUUACAGAAAAUCAGAGUGCUUUUGUCCCAAAACGCUUAAUCACUGAUAAUGCUCUUAUUGCUCUGGAACUGUUUCACACAAUGAAGAAAAGAUCAAAAGGUCGCAGGGGCUCUAUUUCUAUGAAGCUGGAUAUGAGUAAGGCCUAUGAUCGGGUCGAAUGGGAAUUUUUGAGAAGACUUUUGACUAAGUUGGGAUUUGCUGGAGCUUGGGUGGAUACUAUAAUGACUUUUGUAUCGACCGUCAGCUACUCUUUCAUCAUCAAUGGGAUCCCCUCGAAUGACCUUAUUCCCUCUAGAGGCCUUCGUCAAGGUGAUCCUAUAUCCCCUUACCUUUUCAUUCUAGUUUCUGAUGUUCUUUCUAGAAUGUUACAGUUGGCCUCGGAGAAGAAAUUGAUCCAUAGUGUGAGGGCUAGCAGAAAUGGCCCCGAUAUUACUCAUUUAUUCUUUGCAGAUGAUAGUCUCCUUUUUACUAGAGCUACUCGACAGGAAUGUUCAGUCAUUGUUGACCUUCUCAACAAAUACGAAGCAACUUCCGGGCAAAAAAUUAAUUUAGAAAAGUCGGAAGUAUCUUUUAGUAAGGGGGUUUCUAUGCCCGCCAGGAUCACUUUUAGCUCUGUCCUUGGGACGGAAAUGGUUGAGAAUCAUGUGAAAUACCUUGGUUUGCCAACUGAGAUAGGGAGAUCGAAGAAAGCGGUUUUUGCAUAUGUGAAGGAUCGAAUUUGGAAGAAGGUUCAAGGUUGGAAGGAGAAGCUUUUAUCGAGGGCCGAAAAGGAAGUCCUUCUCAAAUCUGUCAUCCAAGAAAUCCCAACUUAUCUCAUGGGGGUGUAUAGAUUUCCAAGUGGUUUGAUACAAGAGAUUCAUAGUAUGAUGGCCCGGUUUUGGUGGGGAUCGAAUGAGAUAGGUAGAAAGAUCCAUUGGAAAAGUUGGGAUGCUCUAUGCCAACCUAAAUUUCUUGGAGGUGUGGGUUUUAGAGAUUUGGGGGUAUUCAAUCAAGCUCUUCUUGGGAAACAAAUUUGGCGGUUAGCAACUAAUGAGGGCUCACUUGUGAGUCGGGUUUUGAAGGCUAAAUACUACCCGAAUACGUCCAUUUUUGAGGCAGCUCUUGGUCCGGUUUCGAGUUAUUCUUGGCAGAGAUUAUGGAGUUCUAAAGCCUUAAAAGCAGAGGGCGAGUUUGAGACAGUUGCGGAGUUAAUUGAUGAUGAUGCUUGCUGCUGGGACUUGGCUAAGUUGGAGAGGUUUUUUAAUGAGCAAGAUAGGCAGGCUAUUUUAGCCAUCCCGAUCAGCGAGAGAAUGCCAAAUGAUGCUCUGACUUGGGUGGAGAUAUGGAAGACAAAGACUACUCCUAAGGUGAGUCAGUUCUUGUGGCGAUGUUGCUCUAAUUCGCUGCCAACCCGAAGCAUCUUGGCUCAUAGGCACCAGAUUGAAGAUCAAGUAUGUCCCUGCAGCAAUUCGGCAAAUGAAACAACUAUUCAUGUUGUGAUUUUGUGUCCUAAUGCUCAUCAAUUGUGGCUGAAAAGUGGAUGCUUCGAGGCUCUUAAGUUUGCUACUUCUGAUUCCUUCGGUGAAGUAAUUCUUUCAUGGGGAAAACACUUAGAAGAGGAUGUAUAUCAGAGGAGCUUGUUCCUUGCUUGGUUUAUAUGGUUUCGCCGCAACAAAUGGAUCUUUGAAAACUUCUGGGAUGCUGAUGAAGCUGUUAUCCUGCGCCAUAGUAGGCUUGUGAUUGAUUUUGAGGAGUAUACCGAAAAGAUCUAUGGGGGUACUACUCCCUCAGAACCUGCUGGCAGAACGGUGUGGUUACCUCCCCCCCUUGGUGCUGUGAAAAUCAAUGUUGAUGCAUCCAUAUCUGAAGAUGGGUGGGUGGGGCUUGGUGCUAUAGCUCGUGACAGUAACGGGCAGGUGAUGUUUGCUGCGGUUAGCAGGGCCAGAGCUCGUUGGGAGCCUCUGGUUGCUGAGAGCAAGGCUGCGCUAUUUGGGCUCAGGAAAGCAAGGGAGCUAGGCUAUAUGGAUGUCAUAUUGGAAGCCGACUCUUUGCAGCUUGUUUCAAAAAUCAAGAAGCAUUCUUUUGCCUUUGCGACAGUUGAUGGUAUUUUAGAGGAUAUUGUUGUGGUUAGCUCGAAUUUUUCUUCCAUUAUUUGGUCCCAUGUAAAGCGUGAGGGUAAUUUUGUAGCCCAUCACCUAGCUAGGUUAGUGUCGUUUGGUCAUGAGCAAUUGUGGGAGUUCCUCGUUCCGGAUGAGAAUCUUCAGCUACAUGAUUCUGAGACGGUUAAAGUGCACUUAUAUAGAAAGGGUUUUGUGGAGGACUACCAUGAAUGGUUGUGUCAAGGUGAAGGGUUUCCAAUCAUCCCACCUCCCCAACCUAAUCCAUAUCGUGACAUGCUUAUGGAUGCCCUUGGGAAUGACCCACCUAACAUGGGUGGUGGAGAAGAGAGUCAUUUUGAGGAGGAAGAGACAAAUCCUCAAGCUAAGAAAUUCCUUAAUUUGUUAGAGGAAUCUGAGCGUCCUUUAUAUGAAGGGAGUUCCAUGUCUGUUUUGGAAAUUGCAUCUAGAAUCACAAGUUUGAAGUGUGAGUACGAGGUUAAGAAAGUAGUUAUCGGGUUAAAGCUUCCUCAUGAGAAGAUACAUGUCUUUCUAAAAGGUUGCAUGUUGUUUUGGAAGGAUGAUGUGAACUUGUCCAACUACAGAGUGUGUGGUAGCGAAAGGUAUAGCAAGACUUAA